AUGAGAACCCUUGUUAUUGAUGCGAAUAGCGUAAGGUACCUCAAAACAAUCUCAAAGAAUACAGCCGCUUCUGCUACAAUCGACUCUCUGUUAAGGGAUAUUGUCAACAGUAAAGAAUAUGUCGAAAAUUUCCAAAAGAAGUAUCAGUUUGUUAAGUUAACGUCAUUGUUCCUAGAAAUUACGGAACUCUUAUAUGUGUACAAUGAAAAGUCAUCCUACACGUACAAAGAAGUGUACAAGUUUGACCAAAAUAUUCAUUCUUGUAUAAAAACAUUUACGGGAAAGGGUAAAAAGGAUAAAAAGGAUAAAAAGGUUUCGUGGGAAAAAAAUGUCAAGCAGGUUUUGAACGACGAGAAUAUUUUCGAAGAAUAUGAAUUAUAUAGAAUGAACGCCAUUAGGAUGAAAUGUUUCGUAAGCAAAAUGUUAGUCGAAGAAUAUGAAAAUCAAUGCUAUGAAAAUCAAUGCUAUGCGGUUGAUGAUAACAAUGUGGAAAAUAUAGCAUUUGUGUUAAUUGCCACAAUUGACUCGAUAAUGAACGAUGUAGAUCUAGAUGAAAUCACACAAGAACUGAAUCAGGAACCUUUUUAUAAAUCAAUGGACGAUUUUACAUUACUUUUAGUGAAAUUAAAGGAUUUGAUCGGCUUAUCGACUGGCAAUGGGAGUCCCAAGAGUAAUACCUCUUCGAAUAACUUUUCAUUGCCAAAUUCUGACGAGUUCAGUGAGGUGGUUCAACGGUUGACGUUACUGUUGGCUAGAGAACCACGAUUAUGUGAGCAAAUAUGGAAAUCAAUAACUGAAAAAAAGAACGUACUUUCCGCUAGUGACAAAAAAUCCAAUGAAACGAAAGGACGGGAUAGUUUUAAGAUGUUGACAGAGAUGGUAGUACACAUUUGCUUCACAGCAAACAACAUGUUACCUGAUGAAAUUAACGCAACUGACAGAGGUUAUCCAACAGAUCCACCAUCAUUGUAUGCUACAUGA